AUGGUCUCAAUGGACAAGCUCCAAGACGCCUGUAGUACAACCGUGAUCCACAAGCUAAAAGGGUAUUUUGCACGUCAUGGAAUACCAGAUGAACUCAGCAGUGACAAUGGUCCUAAAUUCACUAGCAAAGAGUUUGCCAGAUUUGUGCACGAACGGCAAUUCAAGCAUACAACGUCAUCACCCCACUACCCACAAUCAAACGGAAAGGUGGAGAACAGUGUGAAGUCAUGCAAAGCACUAAUGAAGAAGGCGAUAAAGGCUAAAUCGGACAUUUAUCUAGCUCUUCUAGACUUUCGGAACACCCCAACCGAAAAGAUACACUCAUCGCCAGCACAGACUAUUUGGCCGCCGAACUAA